AUGACUACCACGCAAAAAAUCAAAUCCCGAUUCCCCGACCUCAAUUUUGUCAAGCCUUUGCCAGUUGAGGCGCACCCCAGGUACAAACCAUUCGGGGUCAAAUUCAACCCACAACAUUUCGUCCUAACGAAGGGCCAUGUUAAAGAGCCCGGAAGGAAGCACAUGCUCGUCGAUUGCAUCGUUGACCGCGACACACCAAUCCCAUUACGAGAUGGGCUUAACGUGUACGCCGACAUCUACCGGCCAGUCUCUUACGAUGAAAUCAACGUCCCUGUGGUGAUUUGCUGGAGCCCUUAUGGAAAGUCGAGCAUCAGCCUUGAUGGUAUUUGGCAUCGCUCGGGAGUCCCCAAGGACUGGACUUCCGGAUAUGAGACAUUUGAAGGCCUGGAUCCCGCAGAUUGGUGUAGACGGGGGUAUGCAAUUGUGAAUGUCGACGCUCGUGGCGCUCAGUUUUCGGAAGGGACCUUCUUCUUCUGGGGCGAACAAGAGGCCGAGGAUAUCUACGACACCAUUGACUUUUUGUCGAAACAGUUGUGGUGCAAUGGCUCCGUCUGCAUGGGCGGGAAUUCAUACUUGGCAAAAGCCCAAGUCAGCUUCGCCUCUAGACAGUCCCAUCCCGCCUUGAAAGCGCUGGCUCCCUGGGAAGGAUUUACCGGCAACUUCUCCGUCGUGGCGUACCAGUGGGGAGUCGCUGGGAACCAUGAAGUACAAGACAUGACCCAAAUGGUGAAAACCCAUCCGCUUUUCGACGAAUACUGGGCUGGAAAGUAUGAUGAAGUCGAGAAAAUUAAUGUCCCACUUUAUCUGUUGGGAUCUUUUGCCAACCCAUUCCAUGUCUACGGGUCCUUUGACACCUUUCGCCGCGCAGGUUCGGCAAAGAAAUGGAUGCGCGUUCAUGCCAACUUCGAAUGGUAUGAAAUGUACGAACGCAACUCCAAUGAUGACUUGCAAAGGUUCUUUGAUCGCUAUUGCAAGGGGAUAAUGAAUGGCUGGGAGCAGGAUACGCCACCUCUGCGAUUGUCUCUUCAUGGGUGUGGAUCUAUUCCGAGCAUCGUGGAAAGACCAGAGACCAGGUUCCCACUCCAUCGACAAAGCUUAGAAACAUAUUAUCUCGACGCUGUAACCAAAACACUGCACAAAUCUCCACUGGACAGAGAAUCCUUUGUUUACCAUGAUGGGCACGGCCUCGAGGCUUCUACAUCUGAGUUUACCCUAAUGUUCAAUGAGUACACUGAGAUCGCCGGCUACGCCAAGGUCCGUCUCUGGAUGUCCUGCGAGCAAAGAGAUGAUAUGGAUGUUGUCGUUCAGCUCCGGAAGAUUGACAGUUGCGGGCAACUUCUUGAGGGGGUCAACUUCCCGUGUCCAGUGCCAGAAAGCGAAGUACCAACUGCUGACACCUCAAAGCUCUUUGGCCCUCAGGGAUUCCUGCGAGCUUCUUCGUCUGUGUCGCGUGACCAGACACGGUCAAGCUCAGAUGGACAGGAGGUCUUUUAUAGACACGAUCGCGAGGAAAAGAUUUCACCAGGAACUAUCGUUCUGUUGGAAAUCACUCUGUGGCCUAUGGGAAUGGUUUUUGCAGCUGGUGAAGGAACCAUGCUUCGCGUCGGUGGUCACUUUUUGAGUGCGCCUUCGGUUGAAGUGAUGAAGCCUCAGGAAUCCGACGAUGAAAAUGUGGGCCAACAUUAUAUACACACGGAAGGAAAUCAUGACUCGUGUCUUGUACUUCCGGUUGUUGCAGAAAGCAGGCCGUAA